AUGGCGCGUGUACGAAGACGUGGGGCCAUUGCUGCCAAAAGAAGCGAUCAGCCCAAGACGAGACAGACGAAAUUAUCCGUACCCAAGUCUAGUACCAAGUCUCAAUCUACUCCAAGCCGAGCUUUAUCCGAUGUGCUGCUAUCAAUCAAACCACACCACUUAGAAAACAUCAUCUCUCGCGAAAAGAAUCACGAAUAUCGCAAGUAUCGCCUGAAAGAUGGCGUGUCGCGUCUCUGGCUAUACGAGACCGGCAUUGAUGGAGGAAGCUCAUCAAUAACUCAUAUCGCCAUCAUCCCACCCACCACGCGUCAUGAACCAGGCUCUGUGCCCACCGAACCACCUGGUAUUGGCAAUCAAGACUUCAACGCAGGGCGCAAAGAGUCCAAGUACGGUUACCCUAUACUCGAGCUAUACGAACUCGUGAAUCCAGUCACUCUCAACGAGAUGAAGACCCGAUGGGGAAUGGGCCCACCUCAGGGCCGGCAGUACGUGAAAUCAGACCUUUGGGAGGACAGAUGGGGUGAGGACAGAAGUGGGAAGGUGAACAAAUUAUACUAA